AUGCGUGCUUUCGUGAGCGGCGAGAAGCUAAGGAAACGAAAUGGGCACGACAUGAACGGCGAAUGUCCACGACAAAUUACACCAGUUUCACCUCUUGAUCAUCGUCUUUACGCUACUCUUGCGCGUGGUCAGCUUCAUUCUCUUUUACCGGUACAGAAGCAGACGCUAUCGCGCGCUCUUGCGGGGAGCUUCGAGAGGGACUUGUGUGUCACAGCUCCUACCGGGAGCGGUAAAACUCUCUCCUAUUUGCUACCUGUGUUACAGAUACUUUCAAAGCGAGUAUCGAAAGCCGAAACAGUGUGCCUGAUUCUUGUACCGAGUGGCGAUCUUUCCGCACAGGUAUGCGUCGCCGCUAGUGAACUCUGCAAAGCAUUGCACGUACAGAUUUCUAUUGUUGGGAAAAGUCGCAAUACAACCAAUUCAACUAAACUAGUGAACAAGCGAUAUCGACGGCUAUUGGCUCAAAAUAGACAGCGUAUGUAUCAGUGUUGUAUCACGCGCCAGUUUGCGCGACAUAAUUCGCUGGAUGUGCCUUCACAAAUACUUGUAGCGUCUCCUGGAAGGUUUGCUGCACAUCGGACGAGUAUUCUCAAGAAAUUGAAAUUGUUAGUCAUCGAUGAGGCGGACAGAAUGCUUCAACAAUCAUAUCAAAACUGGCUCGUUACGCUGGACUAUGAAAUGUGUGCGCGAACACGUCAGUGUCGGCGUCUCACUGUGGGUGAACGAAACUCUGAAAGACUGCAACUUAUAUUUUGUUCAGCAACAUUGCAAAGUUCGUGUCUACAAAGGGUUGGAGCUUUCGCACUUGAUCGAAUCAAUGCUUAUGAUAGUGUCUGUCCACUUUUGCCUAUUACGCUGUCUGAGUAUGCGAUUGUUGCGGAACACACUGAUAAGUUUGAUGCUCUUGUCUCGCUACUUGAAUUUUUCAAGGGUGAAAAAGUUAUUGUCUUCUCUGCCUCGGUAUAUCGUGCUAGACAUAUACUACAGCGGUUGAAUAAAUUAGAAAAUUUGCCCUGUUUCGAGUAUAGCAGUGACGCAAACCUUCGAAGACGAGCAUCUACGCUUCAAAACUUCCAGCGCUGCCAGGGAGGUGUCCUUGUUGCUUCAGAUGCCGCUGCACGAGGUUUACACAUCGAUGCAGUAUCGGCUGUGAUAUCUUUUGACGCUCCUGAGCAUUUCGAGACGUAUCUGCAUCGAGCUGGAAGAACGGCGAGGGCAGGCAAAACGGGCAAAUGUAUCACGAUUUGUUCGACAGCACGUGAAGCACAAACUUUCAUAAAACGAGUUCAGCGCCAUGUCCCAAUACUCCUUUCAACAGAGCUUCAAGGCUCGACUAUUUAG